AUGGCAGCCGCCCCUGACCCAGAUGAAAUACUUUGUUCGACGAGUGGAAAAACAAAUUUCCAACGGAUUGCAAGACUUUUAAUAAGUGGAGGAACAAGCCUACUGAGGGAGAUUUUUGACUUCAUAUGUCCUCCAAGUCAUCUUCCUACGAUUCUUAGCAAUCCAGUGACAAAGAACCAGCUUAAAGGUGCAAAACUGACCAAACCCCAGUGGCACUGUCUUUGUCCCUCCCCAGGGGUGUAUGGGAAGUCGGCCGACUUUGAUGUCACUUUGCUCUUCCGUUUGUUGAGGACAAUAUGUAGCCUCGUCCCCCCGGUCACAGGAUGGGAUGCACUACCGGCCUGUACAGAUGCAAGUUUAACAGCUGAUAUAGCAAGAAUAAAGUAUUACCGAAACUCAGUCUAUGGUCACGUGAACCAGGGCAUGUCAAUUACAGAUGAUGAGUUUCAAACACUUUGGCAGGAAAUCAGUGAACCUCUCGUGAGGAUUGCUGGACAGAUAAGUCCUGCUCGGAAAACUACAUGGCAAGGAGCCAUUACUUAA